AUGCUCACAAGUCUGUUGAGUAAUACUUUGAUCAAAUGUCUGGCGAAUGAGGACAUCAUUGUUCACGGUGAUCGAAGAGACCAUGCACGGUACUUGCUCGGCUUGGCUGUGGCAUCCAUACUUUUGGCUGGUACGACGGUGCUGUGUUUAAGCCACCAGCGAGAGCUGAUGUUAGCUCCUGUGAGUCCGCGGCGCAAGUAUUACAUUUUGAUGCACCUCUUCCCUUUUGUGGUAGCCGCUUCCUGCUGGUUUCAAGUCGCAGUCCCCGAGCUGGCUGUGGGCACGUUGCUGGUGCAGGAGAUCUGGGAGGCUUUGGCACUACAUUACUUCGGGCUGACCAUUAUCGACCUUAUGGGAGGUCCCGAAACGACGGUGCGGAUCUUGGCACAACGGGAACCUCAAGGAAUGUUCGGGAGGAGCCGGUGGUGUGUCCCCCCCUGCUGCUGUGCAGUAGCUCUCCUCCCCUGUGCUUUCCGUGAUGGCACCACGGUGUUUAACGGCACUGCGCUUCAGAAAAUGCGGGCCAUGAUCGAACAGUAUUGCUAUGUAGCCCCGAUAGCUGCGUCCGUCACCACCCUGCUUGACUUCAACACCCACCAGAGGCAAGUGCAUUUCGAAGGGCUUUUCCAAGUGGAACUGCUGAUGCAGCUGCUGCAGUCUAUCUCCAUGUUCUGUUGUUUGCAAGCGCUCUUUGCGUUGUACAGAGCCACGCACGAUGUGCUGCACCGCUUCAAGACGACCUCGAAGUUCCUAUCGAUCAAGUUGCUCAUCCUUUUGUCCCUCAUCCAGAAAACCCUCGUCGUCUGGAUCUUUCACACCUCGCUGGUGCUGCUGCCUGGAAGCAAGGUCUUCACGCACGCGGAUGCAGCGACCAGGGUGCAGGCCUUCCUUCUCCUGGCCGAGAUACCCUUCCUACAG